AUGGAAAUAAAGGAGGACAAUGCUACACAAAAAGACAAAUUAAAAGAAGAUCGUGUGAAAGGAAAUCAAAAAGAGAGAAGGCGAGUUGCACCUGCACGGGUCAACGGAGAAGAAAAUAGGAGUCCUAAAAAUCUGAAUUUUAAUUCUCAGCCGCCAACCACCGUUAAACCACCUCCACCAGUGAUUAACCCACCAUCUCCCACAUCUCCAUCGCCAAAUGCUCCGGCGCCAUCCCCCAAAAGUCGAGCAUUUGCUCCUCAUCCAACAUACGUGUCUCCUGUGGCUUCUGUUUCCCCUAUAAUGUCCCAUGUUCCUGCAAGUUCUCUCACUGUACUGUCUCCUGUGACUCCAGCACCUGCAGUGAAUGCACUUACUUCCGCUCCAUCUCCAAUGACUUCAUCGCUUCUGGUGAGCAACCCUCCACUUGCAUAA